UUCUUAUUAGUAAUGGAGCGCAGAGCCCAACUUUACGCCAUGUCGUAAAAGAAAUCAGAAAAAGCCCAAACCCGAAGUGUCUUCUUUUGGUCUACAAAUGGGCAAUAUUAAUGUUUUUCCCAUGGCCCGUUUUAAUUAUGGCGGGAAGACUGAGAAAUUUGCGGCAAAACCACCAGUUCAGUUCAGGUAGUCCUUAAAUUUCCUCAAUCGUUUACCGCCUGAUUAACUGACGAUCAUCCAUGGCCACAUUAGAAGAAAUAACUGAUCUCUUCUCGAAACUCGCAUUUCACCUCCAAACCCUGUCUCAUGCUUCGUCGCCAAAAGAUUCAAAUUCUUUUAUUGAUCUCUCAAUUUCAAAGCUUAAUCAGUCUCUCAACAUAAUUGACAAUACUCAAACUAGGGUUUUAGAUACCGCUCUCUCUCUCAUGUGCUUCAGAGCGCCACAGGUUUUUGAUUCUACGAUUGAGUAUCUGGUGAAGACAAUUGUUAGUGUGUUGUCUUCUUCGAUAAGGUGUAACGUGUUGCGAUUGGAGAAAGAAGAGGUUUUGCAAAUUGGUAGUGCAAUUUCCAAAAAAAGUUUUCUUGAAUUUAUUCAAGUUGUCAAUGACGUUGUUUCGAAAUUAGAGGAAAAUGGGAUGCCUUGUCAUUUGCUUUUAUGUGCUUUCGCUAGAGUUGCGGUUUCAGCAUCCUGCUAUAGAUAUUUGGUCCCCUCAAUGCAUGUAUUGGAUACUAAAUCAAUUAAUGGAAAAAGCUCUGCUCUUUCAAAGCUCCUCUGUUCCUUGCCUAAAGACUCUCUGAACAACCAUGAAAUACCACCAAGGUUGCUAUCCUGGUAUCUCGAUCCACUAGCCUUAAAGCAUAAUAUCUCAAAUAUUUUGCAAGUCACCAUGGAAAGGCCUUUCCUUCUUUCGAGCAAGGAAUUUUAUGACAGGAUGGAGUGGCGCUCCAUUCUUAUGUGCUUGGUGCUUUCUCCAACUAUGUUUAUUCAUACUAAAGCGCUAUUACACAAUUGGUUUAUGUUGACGGGUCUGGGUUCUAUACUAGAACUUCUAAUUGAAUUAGUUGCGCUGAUACUAGAUGUCAUCUCUAGACCAACAUGGUGGGGCAUGUCAAUGGAAUUGGGAUCAAAGCUACCAUAUGCUAAUGCAUAUUUCCCCUACAAAAACCAUUUAUUAAGGAUCUUGGUCGGCCCACUCUCAUCUAUAAGUUUUCUUCAAUUAGUUUAUCGGACAACAGAGUCCGUUUCUCAUAUCAUGGAACAAUUUGGUCGGACUUGUAAGGCAUCAGUACUGAAGAUUGCAUCAACAGAGUCCAAGUCUAUCUGGGCUCUUGCAAUCUGCUUUCCAGAUUGGUUUUAUUUUGCUUCGGUUUUACUCUUCUCCACCAAUUGUUUUCAAAAGAGUCAUCAGUCAAAACGCAUAUUUGGAGUACCCAAAUCUGGAAAAACAAAUAACAAAGAACAAUCUCCUCCUGCUGCUGCUGCUGCAAGAUACAUUGCUUGGAUUCUGAGUCCUAACAACCAAUCUCAACAAGAUUGGCUAUUUGGUGGUUUGACUAAAAUAUCAGAGUUUUGGACCCUGAGACAAAUUGACUUGGGUACUUCUGGCAGAGAUAUAGCUAGCUGCAGGAAGAAACUUAAGAAUUCCAAAUGUUAUAACAUUGAAGAGGAUUUUAGUCUUGGAACUGAGGAUAACUGUCAAACCAUUGGCCUCUGGCUUAAAGAAUUCCAAAGUAUCAUGAAGCAUGGUAACGAAUCUGUCAACAAUUUGUACUCCUGUGAAGCAAAUUCAUACGUUUUUGCUUUUGAGAACCAUAUGUUUUUCAGGAGAAUCCCAUUGGGCAUCUUGAUUGGUUUCCCAAGUUAUGUAAAUGAAGAUGGAUUUGAACUUCUGUUGCAUUAUGCUGCAACUGGUAGGAUGCUUCCUUUAACGACUAAGAACGAUAGAAAGGAUCAUUUAGAAAAAAAGUCUAUGGGACUAGAAGAUCUGGGCCUAGGAAGCAAUAGUAAAAAGGAAGCUGUUGCAGGUGCCUGUCUUGUCUUCAGUUUAAGUGAUACUGUUGAGAGGAUAUCUGCCUCGUUAUUUGAGAAUGAAAAAAGUGGGCUGGACGCUAUUUCCCAGGUGAAAUUGAGGGCAGGCAGGUAUUUGAUAAAGUGUCUUAAGAGCCUCAUCCAGCUCAAUAUUGCUGAAGAUGGACAUGCGACGCAGAUGGAUCUCCAUGAUAGACUGGAGCGAUGGAGGCAUCAAGGGCAAGAAAUGUUAAAUAUUGACAAAGAUCUAGAUGAUGCCAUUAAGGCCUUGAGUAAUGAAUUAUUACCAUCAUGAAGGGGUCUUGUGAAGGACAUAGGCCUUUUGUUGAUAAUGGUGUUUUUUCUUGGACUUUGUUAUUGUACAAGCUUGCACUCAAUCUCUCAGCGUUUAAGCUAACUAUCUCAAUCAUCCACUGAAAGCUAUUGGGUUUCUGGUUUUGCAUGCUACUUUAUCUCUCAUGUGCUUCAAAGCACCAAAGGUUUUGAUUCAGUGAUCGAGUAUCUGGCGAAGACCGUUGUUAGUUUGUCUCCAAUAAUUUGUAAGGUGUUGCAUUUCCAGAAAGAAGAGGCUUCGGGUGCCAAUCACUUAUGUGGGUAUCGAUGUUCUUAAUCGUGUCUUUCGAAAAUGGAUAAAUGAGUUGAGCUUCCCCCUUCUCUCAGUUAAGUGCUCCCUCAAUUAUACUGAGGGGGCAUUUGGUUCACUGUUUGAGAAAGAUUACAGGCCAGCCUAUUGUUGGGUUCUGGUUCAUGGUGAAUCUUCAUAGUAGAUUGGAUUGGCAGAGAUAACAAGGUUUUCAGCUGCAUUGAAGUUGGACCGAAAGCCUCUUUGCACUUCCUGGACAAGGAUCCCCUCCAAAAGUUGCAGGAGCCACAUCUAUAUCGCAUGCUCCCUUUCCAAUGCAGUACUGCAAGAGGUUACGUGAAGUUACAAUCAGUACGUACCUUUUGGAAAGGGUCCCAUGACUUUAAGGCAUGACACUUCCCCUGUCGAUAGGCGCCGCAUCUACCCUGAGGCCAUCCGUAGCUGGCAAAGACGAUCUUAGAGAACUUCUGGCCUGGCGGACACCACAGAUGGGCUUUGGGCGUGACUGGGAUGUUCUCUGUCCAGCUUUUCAUUUCUGGUUGGUCAUCAUCUAUAUCAGCACAAACACUUCCUACAACUCUUUUUACCAAAGAAAUUCCUGUCGGAUCACCACCCAUUUCUUCGAAUACAACUAACAGAUUCCCCGUGGGUUUCAGCCAUGAGCGUGGAACAUGAUACCUGAGAGAAAUUUCGUUAUUAAAAUUAUUCAAAUUGUGCUGAUAAACUAAAGACUGAAACAAGCCAGUAAGUAGUUUUCUCACCAUUGUUGAGGGGGCUGUCCGCAUCCAGAUCUACAUUUCUGAUCAUCAUAAUAUCCGGCGUAAUCACAAUCUUUACAAUUACCUUUGGCGGUAUAUGCAGGCCAGUGGCGUCCAAUACUUCGGCCAUUUAUAUACAUCUGACCUUUACCCAUGCUACCCAUAUAUAAAGCUACUGGAUCGUUGCCUGGCGGUGCAUUAAUGAAAGUCUGAAAUUUGUAUGCUCAAUCGUCAGUUGGGUUCUCAGAAAAUUUCAUAUGCUGUCUUUGCAAAAAUAAGAGAACAACAAAAUGAACAUGAAAGUUUUUGGUGGCCGAAGCAA